CACGAAGACGUGUAGGUAUCGACUUUUGGUAAUUUUAGGACAUCCCUAGUUCUGUUUUUUUUCUGUCAUUGGAUGGAAGCGAAAUUCGUUUUGCACUUUGUAUCGCACCAUGUAGGUACCUAGGUAUGUAGGUAGGUAUACCUAAACUGUCAAAAUGUCGGUCAAUGCUCAAGUUCAGUUGAAUACCAAUGAAAAUAAUAAAAAAAGCGAUAAAUCACUUAAACCCCUAUUUUCUAAGCGAGAAGAAUGUUCACAUGUGUCAUGUUAUUGUGAAGAAAACGUCUGGAAACUAUGUCAAGACGCCUUAAUAAGGGUUCCAGAAGAGUUAGAUAGGUGCUAUGUGGUAUUCAUAUCGAAUCCUUGCCGUACAGUGCCUCUUUGGAAACAAAGGGCUGGGCGUGAGGAAGACCGUCUAGUCAUUUGGGACUAUCAUGUGAUAUUUCUGUACUCUUGGGACUGCAAGACAUGCCUUGUCUAUGACUUGGACUCUGAAUUGCCUUUUCCCACUUUCUUCCAUAAGUAUGUCACAGAAACAUUUCGUACGGACCAAGUCUUAAAAUCUGAUUUCCACAGAUUUUUUCGUGUCGUGCCUGCAAAGCAAUUCCUUCAACAUUUUGCUUCGGAUAGACGUCAUAUGAAAAGACCUGAUGGUUCUUGGAUCAAACCACCUCCUUCAUAUCCUGCCAUUUGCACUUCAACUUCAACUCAUAACCUAGAUGAAUACAUCAAUAUGGAUUUGGGAACUGGCCCGGGACAGGUGUUCAAUCUGACAGACUUUGUUCACCGGUUCUACAAAAUUAACAAGUAGUACAAAGGAGACAAAGUUAGAUAGUCAAAUAUUUAUUUGAAAUUACCUAACCUUAUAUUGGUUUGUUUGUUGUUUUAAUGAUUAUGUUUUAAUAAUCUUUUUUGGUAAUAUUUCUUACUUGUUCUGUAAUAUAAAAUGUUAUUAGAGCUGUCAAUCUAUCAAAUUUGCUUUAUGAAAUAUGUUAAAAAAAGAAUGAAAAAAAUGCCUGUACUUACUAAAUUCUUUGGCAAUUCUGAGGCACCUUAAAUUUCUUUUUAACCACAAUCACAAGUGAUUUUGCACAAAGUCCACAAAUUUUUACUAUGAUAUAUUGAGCACAUUUAUAUGUAGAUACUGGCAAAUAAAGUUUAUGAUUAAUUGUUGAACAAGAAAUGAUUAUUCAUACUAAUGACCAGUAACUACAUGAAAGUUCUCAAUAGCUAAUUACUCUAUAAUAUAUUCAGAUAAUAAAAAUAAGUAAUUAAUAUUUAAAUUAUAUCAAUAAGUACUAACUUUUCCCUUCUAUAUUUAGCUAAUGCCAGUUCUAGAUAGGUGAAUGUCUAUGAAUAAGUAUUAUGAGGCUAGUGCUUAAUUCCAUUUUAUAUGACUUUUGUGUAUAGUGUUUACUGUUCUCUAUGUCCUCAAUAUGUUGUCAUUUGUUGUGACAGAAAUUUUCUAAUUUAGCUAAUAUACCAUUUGUUCUCAUUUUGACUGAGGUGAUCUUUAUUUAAGAAUUGUAUGUUGUCUUGAGUGAUAAAAUUAAUGUUUAUAAGUAAAAUUAUUGUAGAAGAUAUGAGCGCAAAGUAGCUUUUGUAUGUUGUUAAAUCUAUUUCAUAAUUUUGUAACAACUUUUAUACACUCUUUUUAACCUUCCCUAGCACCCUUAGUAAGUUUAUACAAGAUAAUAACUUGAAAAUAAAAGCAUGUUGGCUUAAUGAAAAACAAGAUAAAAAAAUAUAUUGAUAGUUGUAAGAAUUCGUGUUUUACGCUGAGUGAUAUAGCAUAGAGAAACUUAAUAUAUAAUUGAAAUACAAAAUAGGUAAUGUCAUGUGAAUAAUUACUGGACAUAUUGCAAGUUGACUUAUAGAAUUCAUUGUAUAAAAUACAAAGCGGUUUAAAUAUAAAAAUCAAUAAGCUAAUUACAUGACCUUUAACAUGGCAUUGACUAUUACAAUCAACAGUGUGCUUAUAUGUAUUGUAUGUGCUAAUAUACAAGUGGUCGACAUAUAAAUUACGUCCGUGCGGACGACCAUUAACAUAUAUAUUGAUCUUGUCAUUGUAUAAUUAUGUUGUAUUUAAAAGACGUUAUAUUAGUAUUCAAGAGUUAGUUGUUUGACAAACUAUUCAAUGUUUCAUAAAUCUUUUAUACAUCUGCCCUAUGAAAAUUAUGUUGUCUCUACUUAUUGUUUCCUAAAAUUUAAUAUUCUAAGGUUUUUGUUAUUGCACUAAUUUUAGUGCAAUUAAAAUUAGUGCAAUAACAACACUUAAAGGACUGCUAUUUAGCAGUCUUUUAUUAGACAAUAGUGCAAAUGUUAAUUUAACCAUAUAAAGUGCAUAUUAUAUUAUCCAAAUAUAUAUUUGGUAAGCAAAUGUUUCACUGCAAAAUGAUUUGAGAAUCGAUAUUUUGCAGAGUUUUUUUCUGUGUUCAAAUCUAGUCAAAUGUUUAAAACUUUUGAAAAUGUAUUUUUAUUGUUGAGAAAUUUAAAGUUUAGCACGAUUUGUUUGCCAUAAGCCUAUUCUAUGUAUCAUGAUAAAUACUCUAGUCAAUAAUUCCUCCUAUUUAAAUUAUCAACUUCAUUCUACUAGCACUUAUCGAGGCGUAGCUGGAUAUUAUAUGGGACCAAAUCUAAUGAGUGUAUGUGGUAAAACCCAGUGUAUGGAGAGUUUCAUGGGGGUGUCUUGACGUCCCAUUGGUUACGCCUUUUCUAUUAUAAAAUACUACUUUAUUACUCUUCACUUCCAGUUACAAGAGAUUUGCUUUGAAAUUUUUACUAUGUACAGUCUGCCACAGAGAAAACUGACCCCCCACGAUUUGAACACCAUCUUUUAGGGGGGUCAGAUUUCUCUGUGGCAGACUGUAUUCAAAAAGCAUGAUUAUCUCUCUUUUGGAUACAGGGCGCAUAAUGCGAGUUUUAAACUCUAUUUUCGAAAGAAACUUCGCAAUGGUAUGCAGCCAACGAGUCAUAAUAAUAGCGGCGUUUGUUGUCAUCGCGUCACGAUGCUUCAUUGGUUGGCUGCGAUUCACUGGGGAAAGUCCCGACGAUCGUGAAUUAUAAAAAAUUUACAGUCUAAAAUCGACUUUCAAUGUAUAGCUGCACUAGCAACGACUUUUCCAAGUACCUACCUGUAAUUUAUUGUAUUCAAACUAAACAUUCCCUUUACGCCUUUGAACUUUCAUCUUUUGACUGACAACUAUGAGUGAUAAAAUUUGUGCUUGUGCUUUCAAUGUAACAAGUUACACGUUUUAAUUUAAGGAUUAUCAAGCUAAAAAUAAAACAUCACACGCAAAA